AUGUAUCCUGAGGCUGGACCAUCACGUCCCUCUUCCUCCUCCACCACGUAUCCCGGUAACUCUAGUAUCAAGCUACCCCCUGCACCUUCUGGAUCUGGGAAUGGGUUACCCCCGAGGGUAUCAAGAUGGGAUGGUGAGUAUGAGAGAGAAAGAGAUAGGGAAAGGGAUGAAAGGAUAGGUGGUGGUUAUCCCCCUUCAUCAUCUUCAUCAUCCUCUCGACCAUAUGCCAUUCCACCGUGGCAGAAUCGUGCACCCCGACCAGGAGGUAGUAAUGUUUAUCGACCUCAUUCCUCCUCUGGAUCCGGACCCGGUUCUCGACCUAGAAGUUUAACACCAUCACCACCCCGCAGGAUACUCUACGAGCGCGAAAGAGAAAGAGAAAGAGAAAGAGAUCGUGAUCGUGAAAGAGAAUGGGAUAGGGAAAGGGAUCGAUUCGACGUUCGUGACAGAUUGAGUCUUGAUUCACCAGGUGCACCUUAUCGAUCGUCCAAUGGACCAGAUGGUUUACCACCCAGAAGAGUGUCAGGAUACGCACCAUCUCCAAGGGAUAGGGAAUCAAGUUGGUCAUCUAGAUGGAGAGAUGACAGGUAUUCCCCUCGCGAAAGGGAGAGGGACAGGGAUGAUCAUCGUUCAUCCGCACCUUCAAGAUAUCCUCCUCCUCCUCCUGCACCACGAUCACCACCAUCUGCACCUAGAGGUCCAAGAUCAGGAUCAGCAUCUGCAUCUACCGCUCAAACUCCUCCAUCGUAUUCUUCAAGAUUACCAUCCACUUCUGGCCCAAAUAGAUCUACUCAUUAUACGCCGAAUAGGGAUUCUUUCAUUUCUCGGCAAUUCGAUAGAUCAGUUAGUGUCGGUGGAACGGGAUCUGGAACCGGCGGUCCUUCAACGUCUCGUCCUGUUUCUCCUUCACUCUCUGCUUCUGGAGCACAAUUGCGCAUGAGAGGGUCAUCCAGUCCAGUGGAAAGUAAGAGAGCUAGAGAUACGGAUGGACCAUCCAGUGUACCCACUUCGCAAAUUCCUUUACCUGACGUCAAGCCACCAACUGAAGAACAUGAUUUGGAAGAAGGAGAAGUGAUCUCACCUGUGCAAGCUACGAGGGUACCUUCUUGGUCCUAUGAUGAGAGAUCUAGAAGGAACUUUACGCCACCUCGGGAUCGGGAGAGAGAUAGGUGGGAUAGGGACGGAGCAAGGGAAAGGGACAGGGAUAGAAGACCUCUUUCACCACCGUUAUCAUCGUUCACAUUCAGUACUAGGAGAAACCUCGAUGAUACCUGGACUAAUAAUAAUAAGAACCGGAAAAGAAGCUCGUCGAACCCUCCUGCAAGAUGGAAUGAAGAAGUUGAUCGUGGUCAGGAACUGUCAUCGUCGGUGUCAAUGCCUUCGCAACGAUCACCUAGGAAAUCAAUAGGUCAGCCUGAAGAAGGAGAAGUAGCUACUGUCCAAUCUGUGCUAGAUAAUCAGAAGCAAAAAGAAGAUGAAGAAGAAGAGAAGAAAGUGGAUAGACCACCGACACCACCUGUACCGCCUCCUACGACUCAGAGCGAUCAUCUGGAUAGCACACUGGAUGUCCAAGAUAUACCUUCAAGACCUGAUACCCCGUCUCUUCCACCUCCACCUGCUGAUCAACCACCAUCAUCGUCACUCCCUGUUUCUCGCUCGGUAUCGGUUCCUGAAUCAAAUGGACAGACAACAGAGACGAAGAUGGACGUGGAAGUUGAACCUGUCAGGCCUAUAUCUGCGAAUGACAAGGAGAACACUGAGGUCGAUGUUCAGACGGAACAAACACGUUCAGAUGGAGAGGCGAAUAUGACUGCUCAAGUAUCAGAGAAUGACGCGAGUGGCGAUAACGCUAUCCGCAAUGAUAUCUCGUCAAUCAAAGCUGGUCAACAGGGUAAACAGAAGGACCGACCUCAUGUCGAAGUUGAAGAGCAGGAUAUCGAAAGAUCCCAGGAUACUGCUGAUACUCCGAUGGAGGUGGAUGAUCCUCUGGUACCAGAACUCACACCAUCAAAGGAGAGCCCGGUAAAGGAAGGUGAGGAGAGGAUCCUCACGUCACCUCAACAGGCAUUACCUAAUGGUCAUGUUGACAUCAUUGCACCACUUGACAACGAGACUGCCCCAGUAAUGUCGGAAGAUACAGGCAACCACAUCGCUCAGACAGACCCUACUUCUCCAGUCCCCGCUCCACUUACACGUAGCUUACCUAAAGAAGCUGCGAUCGAUUCUGCUUCUCCCAUCCAGGAGACGUCUUCUGUGCCGGAAACGGUACCCUUUGAGGAUCAGCCUAAUCUCGCUUCCACCAUUGCGGUCUCCCACGACAAAGUGGAAUACGCUGUAGUACAGGUUGUAUCACCUGCAACUAUCACCUCCGACAAAGUUGCCAUUCCGGAAACUCCAGCCAGUCCACCAGCACGACGUGUUACUAUUGCUGAAAGAAGGGCUGUCCAGUUGCCUUCUACCAACGGGCCAUUGUCAUCACCCUUUGGCGACGGUGAACCCAGAAAAGAUCCAAUGCCCACAGCAUAUUCCACCUCGACGGAAGCUGAGACGGAAGCUGGACCCAAGACCGCAGAUAUCGACGAAGCGGAUACACCUAUAUUUGAAGACGCACCAGAAGAGAUCAAACAAGCCAACCUCAUCGCUGCUAUCAAAACUAGACAAACAAAGCAGACUCUCACCUUUGAUCCUGUGUCCAUCAUAGCUUGGAAUGUCUCAGCAGCCCCUACACACUCAUCCCGGAUAAUAGCGAAAAGUGACAAAGAUCGUUCAGUGAUGUUGAAGAAGACCACCUGGCCGCUCAGCCGCCAGCAACGCAUCGUAGCAAAACUCGUAGCUAGCACGCUCUCACGGGAGAAGGAAGAUCUCGCAGCCAAAUCUGAGAGACUGAAGAACGAAUACCUCGAGCUCGACCAAGAAUGGCAAGAACAUUGCAACUUCCUGGAUUCGCUCAUGGAGAAACGUGGAGAAGUCCCAGCGGAUCUGUACGCAGUUCCUGGUGCUUUACCUGUUGUCACACCCGGUCCAGUCGCACCCACUACGCCACUACCUGAAGAUCUGUACAAUGCUCGAGGUAACAGACGAAGAGGAGCGGGAGAUGCUGUACAUACAGAGGCAGAAUUCGAAGCGAUCCUUGCUGGUCUUGCUGAUACAGCAGCGAAAGAUCCUACUUACCGAGCGAACAAGACUUCAGCUGUUGUCCCUGAUAUGCUAUUGGACGAAGAACGUAGACUUCGGUAUGACGAUGAUAAUGAUUUAGUAGAAGAUCCAUUGGCAUUCUAUGAUUUCAAAGGCAAUGCGGAACCGAUAUGGACGACCGAAGAACGCGCUAUCUUCGUUAGAAGAUAUAUGGCAUAUCCGAAACAAUUCGGUAGAAUCGCUGAUGGGAUCCCCAACAAGUCUGCUUCCGAUUGUGUCCUGUACUACUACCGCACGAAGAAGGAGGUGGAUUAUAAGGGUAUGUUAGCUAGUAAACGUGGUGGAGGGAAGAAGAAGACUAUGCCGAUCAAGAAGGGAGGUAAAAGUUCUGCUCUGUUGGCAGAUAUGGAUAGACAGAUACCGACUGUGUCAAACGAAGUCAACACACCUGGGAGAGGAGGUAGAGAAAGGGAAGAGUCGGUUAUACCUGGUACGAGCGCUAGAAAGGACAAAACAGUGGGAACUCCUGCAGAAGGUAAUGGACCUGGUAGAAGAAGGAAGGCAACCGCACCUAGUAUCGCUUCCACUGCCAAUGACGACGAUGAGAAGCUUGACUCGAAUGUCACCUCGAGAGCGGGAAGCGAAGCUCCCUCGACCGUCGGCUCGAAAGCAAAGAUGAGAGUUACGAUGAAGACUGCUAAACGCCCUCGAGUUAGCUCUAUAUCGGUAAUCAACCCCACUCGUCCGUCUGUACCUUCCACUCCUUCUGCCCGCGCCGUUGUCGAUCCCAUGACUUCGAUUCCUACUGCUCCAGUCACCGCUGCUAUGUCCACACCCGGUCCAGCUCCUGUCACAGCUAUCGCAGGCGCAACGCCUACAAACGAAUCUCUCGAUCCGACGACUGCUCAAUCAGAACUGCUUCCGCCAGUCAAACGAGCAGGUAAACGACGGAAGGUCCUGGCAGAACCGUCUGAGGGUGCGGUUGAUCCCAAUGCGACUCCUGUAGCCAACUCGAUUUCCACUCCUGGAGCUACUCCGACGGGCACAGGAGCAACGGAGAAACCUACUCGACGAUCAGCGACCAAUUCAUAUUGGUCAGUCGAGGAGAAGAGAAGGGUGAAAGAACUUGUUCUGGUCCAUGGGGCGGAUGUCAAGGCGAUAGCAGCUGAGUUGAAGGGUAAAUCGGAGAGACAAGUUGGGAAUUUCUUGGAAGGACAUAGAAGCGAAUUGGUCGAUGGGAAUGGGGCGCCCCUCCCUCCGCUAAAUCUGGGAGGGAUCAAAGCCGAAGAAGAUAAGAGGAGUCUCACUGGUAGGGUAUCACCGGUGGCUAGUUUAUCCGGAAGCGAAACCUUCCGUUCUGCUCAACCCACUCGAACAAUUUACGAUGCCUACCCAUCGUUCAUGAGUCAGGAUCGAUAUGAACCUCGAUUAGGCAUGUUCCCUCCCAGUCCACCUCAUGCACCUGCUUCCGCCACACCGACGAUACAGUCCGGCGGAGUUCCUGAUUCUAGCCCCUUGAAACCUGUUUCUCGGUCUGGCGGCAUGCGAAUAUCAGCGUUACUCAAUGACGAUGCACCCGCACCUUCUUCCAUCGUUGACAGACGACCGUCCACCGCUCAUUCCAACCCGGAUACAAUCGAUGCUGCAUCGGACGGUACGGUGGACGAGAGGGAUUUAGACGGAAUGACCAGACCUUCACCUAGAUCCGUCGCGCCUGUACCCGCAUCAGCUGCUUCCUACGGAAGGUACGACCAAAGACCGGAUCUUGAUCGUUAUCGAUCUUCAUCUUCCCUACCCGCUCCCUCGCCAUAUCCCUCGAAUACGACGUCGUGGUCAAAUGGGACAUCCAGGAAUGAUAUUUAUUCUCACAGAGCGGCAACUACCACUCCAGUUCCUGUUUCAUCUCUGACACAUAGACCAUCUUGGUCCGAUACCAAUGCUCAUCAUUCGCCCCAUGCUGUACCACCUGUAACCGCGCCUGUAGUACAUCGUUCAAAUUCUUACGCACGCGCACCGAAUGGGAAUUAUGACUCAUCGCAGCACCAUCACAACCAUCACCAUCAACAUCAACAUCAACAUCAUGGUGUCUCACCAUACCCUCCGGAUCGAUCAUACGCUCGUGACUACCCACAUCAUCAUCACCAUCAUCAUCACCAGCAGCAGCAUCACGAUCAAAAUAGCUUACCACCCCUGAAAAGCACUGUCGGUCCACCUCCUCUGAUGGGACCUGGGAAUCACACUCAUACUAGCAAUCAUGGGAAUUCGGGUGCCUCGACGCAUCGUACAUACGAGUAA